AUGUUUCGACCUGGUUAUUGGCCGGACGACCCCAUGGAGGGCGUCCUCGGUGGCAGUAUGAUGCGGCCAGGUGCAGCUCCCCGUCGCUUCGAUGAAUACUAUCGGUGCUAUCCCGUUGCCAUGCUUCCCGGUCCUGAGCGAGAGAACGUCAACCAUGGUGGCAAAGUCAUCAUGCCGCCAAGUGCUUUGGACAAGCUUACUCGACUCCAUAUCACAUACCCGAUGCUUUUUGAGCUUCACAAUGGUGCCAAGGAGAGAAUGACACAUGCUGGUGUUCUGGAGUUCAUUGCCGAAGAGGGAAAGAUCUAUCUACCAUUCUGGCUUAUGCAAACCUUACUUUUGGAGCCGGCGCAAUCAACGGCGUUUCUUGACAUCAGCGAUCCCAAGGCCGUUUUGGAGAACGCCUUCCGCAAUUUCUCCUGCUUAACGAAAGGGGACGUCUUCACCUUUGCAUACAAUGACCAAGUCUAUGAGAUGGCAGUAUUGGAGACCAAGCCAUCGGGAAGCAAAAACGCGAUAUCUGUUCUCGAGACCGAUCUGGAAGUUGAUUUUGCCGCGCCGGUGGGAUAUGAGGAGCCACAACGAACUAGUGGAGCUAGUACACCGGGAAGUGUUGUCAAGAAAGGAAAACUGCCUGCCGGAGGGCUGCUACAUCAUCAGGGUACCAUGGCACAGUCGAUCAACUAUGCAGCCAUUGCACCGGAGUCGACAGCUGCCGCAUCUGGCGCCAAAGCUGUGUCCUCUAAUUUCUUGUCCGAAGGUCAACGAUUGAAUGCCAAGAAGGGCAGCAAGGCACCAACUCCACAGGCUAGCACUCCCACUCCAGGCACUGCAAAUCCCCAAAGGCCUCCCCCAACUCGUAGGACAAAUGGCCCUCAACCUUUGCGACUACCCCCGAAUCAGCUGUUCUUUGGAUACGCCAUCAAGCCACCAAAGCGCCGGGAUGAGAACGGACGGUUAGUUCCUGAAGAUCAACCUAAAUUCCAAGGAAUUGGACAAACCCUGCGUGGGAAGAAGAAGGAUGAGGGAACCAUGACCCCAACUUCGGGCAGUGAAGUCGACAGUCAGGCAGGCAAAUCAAGCGGCCGUACACUUGGUCGCAGAAAGCGGUAA